AUGAUGUUAACUAGAAUUAGGUUAGGUGUAAAUGUUGAUCAUGUCGCAACAUUAAGAGAAGCACGCAAGAUAUCAGAGCCUGACCCUGUCCAAGCAGCAAUUUUUGCUGAGCAGGCUGGAGCUGAUCAAAUAACAGUCCAUUUACGCGAGGACCGACGUCAUAUUCAAGAACGCGAUGUUAUGUUAUUACGUGAAGUUCUCCAUGUACCCUUAAAUCUUGAAAUGGCACCAACACAAGAGAUGGUUCACUUCGCUUUAAAAGUAAAGCCUGAUAUUGUGACAUUGGUACCAGAACGUAGAGAAGAAGUUACAACAGAAGGUGGUCUGGAUAUCUCUCGUAAUAAAGAUAUACUAUCUCGGAUCACGAAUCAUUUGGGAGAUGCUGGUAUUCAAACAGCUGUUUUUAUUGCGCCUGAUUUACAACAAAUAAAAGAAGCUAAACGUAUUGGUGUAUCUGCUAUCGAGCUACAUACAGGUGAGUAUGCAAAUACACGUACACAUGCAGAGAGAGACCGGCGUCUGAAUAUUCUAAAGGAAGCGUGCCGAGCUGCCGCACGUGUAAGCCUCCAAGUGCACGCGGGUCACGGUUUGAAUUUACAUAAUAUUGCUCUCUUAGCCCAGAUACCAGAACUAGAAGAAGUCAACAUUGGCCAUAGUAUUGUUGGCCGUGCUAUCUUUGUUGGUUUUACUAAGGCUAUUCAGGAAAUGCGUACAGCAUUAGAUUUGUAUCGUCACACGUAG